AUGCUGGCUGCGGGCGUCGGAGGUCAGAGCGAGCAUCUCGCGGGCCGUAGGAGGAAGGUGGCAGUGGAGUCACGCGUUACCCAGGAGGAAAUUAAGAAGGAACCCGAGAAGCCAAUCGACCAGGAGAAGACAUGCCCGCUGCUGCUGCAGUUUUUUGCCACCAGUAACAGCCACCACCAGGUGGAUGAGUUCUCCCGUGGAAACGAGCCCUCCAGCGAGCUGCAGAUCUGCACUUGGAUGGAUGCAACCUUGCAAGAGCUGACUAGUGUAGUAAGAGAAGUUUACCCAGAAGCCAGAAGGAAGGGCACACACUUCAAUUGUGCAGUUGUUUUUACUGAUCUUAAAAGACCUGGCUGUCGAGUAAAGGAGACAGGGGGCACCACGCCUGGCAGAAAGGAGACUGAUGAUUCCAUGACACUGCAGUCGCAGAAGUUCCCAUUAGGAGGUAAUCUGGACACAGCGAUCACCCCUCCAAAUCGGACACCACCUCCUUCUGGGCACUUGAGACCAUAUUAA